CAAAUUGUUUAUACAGUCGAAUCCACAUCACCAGGCCAGAUGAGUCGAUAAUUUUUUGUAGACGCCGACUCGCUUUUUGAAAAGAAUCCUCCGCAAAACAAUAAUCUGCAAAUGAGCCCUCUUUGAAGAUCUCAGGCUGAACGGCCUACAUAUCGAGCGAGAUUGGCCCACCAGCAUGGAGGAUGAAGCUCGCACAGUGCUUAUGAGGGUUCAUCUUGAAGACACUGCGGAGUCCCAGCUGCUCAAGCUACAACCGGACUGGCCGCCGGCGGAGGCAAUCGUCGCCGGCCACGACCAAUACAUGGAGCAGGGCACGCCCCACGACCGGGCGCUCGCCAUGAUGCAGCCGUCGCGCGACUGGACGGCCCUGCCUGACGAGCUGGUCGUCCGCAUCGCCACAGUGGGCGCCGCCCUGCUAGCCCCCGACAACCCCGACGCCACCAUCUGCGGCGCCCUCAUGAGCGCCUGUACCGCCUGGUACAGGGUGCUUAAGCCGCAGCAACGGCGCCUGCGGCCCAGCAGCCUGGGCGAGGCCGCGCAGGGGCGGACGUGGGACCAGGUGCAGGUGCUGGAUGCGCCGCUGCGUCGCACCAUGCCUGUGUCAGGCUUCAAGUAUCUGGCACCAUUGCGCGAGCCUGCGCGGCUGGUGAGCCAGUUCCCCAGCCUGACCUCCCUCAACAUCUCGCACCAGGACCUGGGCGGGCAGGGCCUGGCGCUGCUGCUGCCCCUCAGGGGGCAGCUCCGGCACUUGGACGCCUCGGGCAUGCAGCUGCGUCACUCGGACAUGGCCGCCCUGUCCCAGCUCACGACGCUCACCUGCCUCGCGCUCAACUGUGUCAGGCCGCACCCUGAGCCGCCGCCGGCGUCCUGGAAUGAGGGCUCCGCCAUCGUCAGGCUGUACAGCCUGCUCAGCAGGAUUGAGGAAGUGCGCUUUGCUCGGCUCUGGGUGUCACUGCCCGAGGUGCAGCUGGCUGCGGCGCUGGCGGAGGCGUUGCCGGCCAUGUCAGGGCUGCGGCGGCUGGAGGUGGGGCUGCAUGUGGAGAUAGAUAUGGUCAGCGUCCUUCAGGCCGCUGGGGUCAUGCCCCUGGCCGCACCUGUGCCAGCGGCAGUGGCGGAAGCGGCGGAAGCGGUGGCGGCGGUAGCGGCUGCUGAUGAUCCGGCGGGAGCCGAUAUGGAGGCGCUAAUGGAGGCCGCAGCGGCGGCGCUGGCUGCGGCGGCGGGGGCUCAGGGCGCACUCGGAGCCGCCGGUGCGCUCGCUGAUGGCGGUGCUGGAGCUGGUGCCGGUGCGGGUGCGGGUGCCGGUCCUGCAGGGCGGCUGUACAUUGGCGGGUUGCCGCUGCUGGGGCUCCUCGCGGUUGGCUCCCUGCCCAACCUCAGCUGCCUGCACAUCCGCAACCAGGAGCUGCUGAAUGACGACGUCACGGCCAUGGGGCUGGCGCUGUCGGGCCUGACGCAGCUGGCCUUCCAGUUCCCCAGCAGGCGGCUCAACGCCGCCACCUGGAACGCGCUCAUGGCAGACCUGGGGGCCACGCUGGAGGUCCUGGACGUCAGCUUCUCCAGAGACCAAAGUGCAAACAAGCUUGGGGGUGCCACACUUGCGCCGCUGCGGCGCCUGACGCACCUGCGCGCAGCCCGCUGCCGCUCCACCACCAUGCUGCUGAGCAUCGCGUCGUUGGGCGCCCGGCUGCGACGGCUGGAGCUGACGGCGGCCGACCGCGACUGCAUCCAGCCGGCGCUGCUGGCGCACGUGUGCAGCCGUGUGCAGCUGGAGGGGCUAGACGUUUCGGGCUGGAAGUCGUGGACCCGCCGGGCUGAGAAGUUCCAGCAGGCGGGCGACCUGCUGCUCCGUGACCUGCCCAUGGUGGCGCCGCAGCUCAAGUACCUGGUCAUGCACAAUGUUAGGCUGUACGGCGCGGGCCUGCCCUACACCGCCCGUGACUUCGAGCUGCUGCCCAUCCCCGGCCCUGCCAAGGACACACAGCAGCCGCAGCAGGAGCUGGAUGCCGCGGCCGACGUGAUGGCGGUCGUGGCGCAGCGCCUGGGCCGUGGCCGCGGGCUGGCCGGCGGCAGCAGGGCCGGCAACAGGGCUUCCGGUGUCAAGCAAGAGGCAGCAGGAGUCAAGCAAGAGGCAGCAGCUGGGUCGGGGUUAAGCUGUGCAGCGGGUAGCGGCGGUGAAGCCAUGGAUAUGGAUAAGGAGCCCAGUGCCCAGGGCACACGCGGCACCGCGGGUGCGGAUCCGGGUGUGGGAGCGAUGGAGCAGGGCGACAGGGAGCGGGCCGAGAUGCUGGCGGGUGUAGUGCAGCCAGCGGAUGCGCCGAUGGCGGAGGGCUUGCAGGAGACCAUGGGCCAGGAGGUGGCGAUGCAGCAAGAGGCGGUCACAGGGCCCUCCACGUCGCAGCCGCCGCAGCUGCAGCCGGCUCAGCUCAGAGCGGCGUGGGCGGCCGACGUGGACCCUUUGGGGCACGAGCCCUUCCCUCGCAUGCACUCGCUGGUGGUGCACUACAACAAGCGCUUCAUGCGCAGCAGGUUGAGGAGCCUGGCCAACAUCCUGGGGCUUAGGGAGCUACGCAUCGCUGGCAUGACCGAGGGCACCUUCGGUGACGCCGCGCGCCUGGGCUGCUUCGACGGCCUGAGCAAGCUGGGCUCGCUUACGGCGCUGUACGUGCACCGCCAGGAGUUGACGCACGAGAGGGCCGUGCUGCAGGCGCUCCAGAACCCUGUCCACGAUUUUGACGGCCUCCCGGAUGAGCCCAUCGCCGCGGACGGCUGGGUCCUGGCUGACCCGCAGCUGCAGGAGGGCGUGGCCGACAGCCAGGACGGGGAUGUGGCGCAGUCGGGGGCGGGCGCACGCGGCGAGAUGCAUCUGGACUUCCUGGCUGCGCUGCCGAAGCUGCAGGUGCUGGUAAUCGACGUCAUCAACACACGCGGGAGAAUAUUCCAACACAUCAAGCGCCUUCGGAACCUGACCCACCUGUCGCUGAGGGGCGCUAUCUUCUUCGCACACGAGGGCCUGCAGCAGUUCCAGGAUGCCGGCAUGGCCAGGCUGCGCAGCCUGCGGCUGCUGGACUGCCAAUGGUUGGCGCGGCUGGACGCCAACGACCUCCUGGUGCUACUGCCGGAAGCCACGCCGCAGCUGGAGGAGUUGGAGCUGGGACCCUGCCCGCGCAUCACCGCGGCGCGGCUGGGGGCGGGGCUGUACAGCCACGCCGGCCUGCGCUCCCUGCGGCGGCUGUGCCUGCACAAGGCGCCCUUGACGCCUGAGACUGUGAUGAGUGAGCCGCUGCUGCUGGCCGGCAUCCUCAGCUUCCUAAUGGUGGCGGACCCGACGCCUCUGGACCCGCCUGGAGCUUCGCCGCCUCCGCCCGGCGAGGACGGGCAGCCGCCGCCCCGCGAGCCCAGCUUCUGCGUGACUCGUCAUGGCGACCGCUUCGAGCAGGUGCCGGGUGGUGCGCUUGCGCGGGCAGCCGCUGCGGAGGCGGCGCAGUAUGGCUCUAUUGCGGCCGAGACGGCGUUCAGCAGGGCGCAGCAAGACGACGUGGCCUGGGCUAGGUGCCCGGUGCCGGUCAAGGAGCUGGUGCGUGCACCGGGCUGGCCGGAGCCCGCCCGGGCCGGCAUCGCUGGGGCCUGAGGCAUCAAGGUUGUGUGACGCACACUGUUGCACACUGUUGCGGCGGUGUUAGGUGUCUCCACUCUCCAGCAUGGCGCUCAGGUGGCACGUGAAUCCUCGCGCGCACCGUACCGUACUGCUGGAAUAGGCUGUAUAGGAACUCAUUGAGCCGUGAUUCAGUGCGGAGCAGUGCUCACGCGUUACUGUGGGAUGGGCGCCGCGGAUGAGGCGGCCGUCCUGUAUUGCGGAAUGCCUGUGCGAGGAGCUGGCACCCACAUGUUCCCUCCUCGGAGUGCUGCUGCCUAGCUAAUGUUGCCAUAUGCACGACUAUGUUGGCGCAUGCGGAUGCAGUUCAAUUUGGGAUUGAGCUAUUUCAUCUUCCCCGAGCCCUUGGAUGCAUGCGCCAUGUUCAGGCCGCGCGGCUACCGUUCCCCUGGCCGCGAAACUUGACAUUCCCCAUCGGCUUGCUACCAGCGUACGGGGCCCUGUCGCUUCACAGGAGGGCGUUGCACCUGGUGUAGCGGAGGCAAUAGGUAUAGGACUAAAAUUCCAGAAAUCCUGUGAGACCGUGGGACCGUGCCAGGGAGUGGGUCAUCGAAGUGCAGAGAAAAGCGGCAAACUCAAAGCGUAGCCGAGGAGAGCAGCUGGCGGCUAUGUGGGUGCACCGCCGUGGGCCCUCCCACCGAGUAUGCAUGCCAGUAACUUGGCUGUGCAGGCGGCCCGGGGGGAGGCCAAGAAGGCGAAGCGGCAGAAGGUGCAGCGGAGGGACCGAGGCAGGACCAAAGGCGAUAGAGCAGGGGGGAGCGCGGCGUUUGCGAGGGGGGAGCGCAGCGUUAGCGAGAUGGGUACUGGGCGGGUGCUGCACACGUGACAUGCGGGUGACACGCAAGUGGGCAAAGCUAAGGAUUUUCGAAUGCUUGAA